AUGCUUGUAAGGCUGAUGCUUCUGCCCAUUAGGCAGCCGACAAUUUCACCACUCCGAUCUACACCGAGGUUGGCUGCGGCCAUCACUAAUGCCGCAACAACAACUACUUUUACACAGAGUCGUUCUAUUGUUCAUCAAUCCAAGGAAGACAAAGCACAACAGAUUCAAGAUCGAAACAAGGAAAAGAAAAAGAAGUUGCGCGAGGAGUUGAAAAUGAAAGCUCUCGAUGAACCCAUUAACCAUCCAUUACACAUGUCCAUCGCCGAAGCACUCAACACCAUCCGUUCUUUUGAAGUUGGUAAACCAGUGGACAAGUCCAAUAUCUCAUGCAACAUCUAUGUGCGUCAGGAACAAGGUGCUACACCAAUCAACUGUAUGCUUGAAGUGCCACACCCGGUCAAUGUGAGGACCAAGCCGUUGGUUUUCACAACACAGCAACAAGUGAUUGAUGAUUUGUCCCCACACAUGAACCCCGAACAUAUUGGUGGUAAAGAUUUGGUGAAUAAAUUCUUAUCACAAGAACUCAGUCCAAGCGAUUUCACACAUGGAUUUGCUACUUCUGAAUUUGAGUCACAAUUGAAACCUUUGGGAAGGAUCCUUGGUCCACUGGGUUUGAUUCCAACAAAAAAGAAGGGAACUGUGAUUGAUGAUGCAUCAGAGAUUUUAAAUGUGUUGAGAGCAUUCAGAAUCAGGCAACGUGAUGGUACCAUCUCGUUUGUGGCAGGUAACUGCACAUUUAGUGAUCAACAAGUAAUGGAGAACUUGAAAGCCAUCAGCGAUGCCAUUCAUGCUCAAAUCGACCCCAAGGCUGUGAAAAAGACAAAAUUGGGUUACUGCUAUAUCAGAUCAGCCAACAGUCCCGGUUUAGUCAUUGAUUUCUAA